ACUCUGCCCAUAUGCUGAGUUUAGAUUUCCUUACGGUUUAACCAAGCAGCGCCUAAUCCCAAUGUGCUGCUCACGGGAGCCAGCAGGGGGCGCUACAAGCCUGUUUCCGCGCAGUGGCGCUGCUGCCAGCUGUAUUAAAGCCGUGGAAGAGGGAAGAAGCCGGGAUUUAAAGAUGGCGGAGACUAUAGUAGCACGCCUGGCCGCGCAGGAGGAGCAGGUCCGCCUGCUGACCCAGGAGGUGUCCUGGCUGCGCGGUGGGGUCGGCGGAGACCCCGCGGCCGUGGCCGGCCUCUGCAGCAGCCCGGAGCUGGAGACCCUGCGGAGCGAGAACGAGAAGCUGCGGUACCGGAUCCUGCAUCUCCGGAGGAGCCUGCAGUCCGAGUCCGACCCGGAGACGGGCGCUCGGGAGGGCGAGGAGGGGAAAGAGACGAGAGCUGGGAAGAGCAGCAGCAGAGAGCUGGGCAGCUCCGACUCCCGCAGUGCUCAGGGGACGAGGAAAGAGAAGCAGGAGAACUCCAGGGGCGAGCAGCCAUCCGGAGAGCUGCCCCUCUGGCCGAGCUACGUCCAGGAGCGGCUGCAGCUGUACGAGCAGCUGAAGCGGGAGAGCGAUGCCCUGCUGGCCCGCAGAGCUGCCGCCGAGAGUGCUGCAGAGCUUCUUCCUUUGCCUGGGAAGGGCUGA